AGGCAAGAGUUAUCGAUAUCGAAUCUCGGGACAGAAAUGCCAGUCAAAAAAGUGUGUAAAUAAAACAAAGAACAGAAUAUCUACAGGGAAAGGGGUGAAAGAUCGGCGCCAGGCGUAGAGUACUAACUGCCCCCGCCCCCCCACUCCAUCAUAACACACAGCCUUGUUCGGGCGAAGAUCGCUUCGUGGAGCGGACGCGGUGCGGCGGGUGCCCACGAGCAACUAGUGUCCAGGUACCAAGUGUCCAGUGACAUAGCUCUAUGGUGUCCUCAGCAACAUGAAUCUGGAAUCUCUGUUCCGCGACUUCAAUCCCUGCAAGUUCAUCGUCCACUGCAGCCUGUUCAUCUUUGUCACGCUCUUCGCCUUGCGCCUCGACAACUACAUUGAUUGGCCCUACUGGGCGAUUUUCACACCGCUAUGGAUAUGGAAAUGCACCGCCAUCCUGGGCGCAAUCGUAGGAGCCAUUGUGUGGUGUCGGUAUCCGCAUUAUCGUCUCGAGGGCGAUGCCUACACGCAGUUCAAAGCGAUGCUCAUCUCACUGGCCCUGCACCUGAUCCUGCUGAUGUUUGAGCUGCUGGCCUGCGAUAAGCUGACCUCGGACCGUCACUUGUGGGUGCUGGUCUUCAUUCCGCUGAUCUUCGGCUCGGUGGUUAGUGUGGGCGCCUGUGUCUGGGCCGUCAAGCACGAUCGCUCCUUCGAGCUGGAGCUCUUCCUGGCGGUCAACGCGCUUCAGUUUGUUUCACUGCCGCUAAAGCUGGAUCGCUUUGUCUACUGGAACUGGGACGUAGUGUUUGUGCCCAUGUGGAUCGUCAUAUGCCUGAGCCUGGUCAGCGUAUUGUAUAACAUCAUCUUCUGUGGCAUCAUGAUGCGUACGCCGGAGGUCUCGCUGCAGCAGAAGAAGGCGGCAUUAAACGCAGCGGUGGGCAACAUCUGCACGGUGCUCCCACUGCUCUGCUUUCAGGUGGUCAUCUGCGACAAGCUGGACGGCGAGCUUAAGUUCCCGUACAUCGUGGUCUUCUCACCGCUGCUCGUCUCUAUUCUGGCGCUAAUAGUUCUUAGCUCCUCGGCAAAGGGCGGCAACAUGUGGUGGUUCGGCAUCCGCAAGUCUUUCAGCCAGUUCCUGUUGUCCGCGAUGCCGUUCCUGCAGGAGUACGGCAACAUCAGCUAUCACCCGGAAACCCACAGCAAUGCUGCACAGUCCAUGCCGCUGGACGCAGCGUCCUCCUCGACGAGCAUGGCGGCCAGCGAGCAGCUGCACGAGUUCCACAAGCACGACAAGAAGAGCAAGAAGGGGGCCAAGAAUGACAUUCUCAAGCCGGUGGUUCCGUUCGUCAGCAUCGAUCUGCCGGACUAGAUAUAGACGGCCAGUACAGCACAGGAGCAGUACAGGAGCAACAGUAAAACAGCAACAUUUACAAUAAAUCGCAAGAACCGCGUAGACUUAAGGACAGCCUCUUUGCACGCGCACAAGGAGACGCCGCACACCUUUGUUCAGGUGUUUAUGUUAGGCAUUGUUAAGCAUACCCAUACCCACUUACACACUCACGUCUCCGUCGUAGCUUUUAGACUUGUACUGAAUUUUAAUUGUAAGACAAACGCUAACACCGCCCACGAACCAUGUCCAACCAACCAACCAACCAACCAAGCACAUCGCACCCACCAUGCUCCCUUCCACGCAUCCGCCUGCAUAUGAUAGCACAUAUAGCACAUACAUGCAUACAGGACCUGACCACCACACGCUUUUGUCCAGACCCGAAUCGGACUCCAACUUGACCACAAAUUGAACAGCGCCGCAUUCGGAAUUUUGACUCGUGUGCUAGUAUUAUAUGUAAAACAUCUCUCACACCUUGAGAAGCCCACUUAUGUGUAAUGACCUACUAUAAAGUGUAAAUAAUUAACAGAGUACGUGAAAACGAGAAAUAUACUUAAGUGCUUCCAUC